AUGGCUGGCAGCGAAAAAGAAGAGUAUGAAAAGAAAGUUAUAGAGAUUCACCUGAUUCUAAGAGACUUCAGGCUCUCAGACGAUUCUCUCAUGGAGACUUCAAAUGAGUUAGAUGGCCAAGCAAGUGGAGAAACAGAAGAUGGCGCAGGUUUGCGGCGUUGCAAAGCCAAAGGCGCCAUUGGAAGUUUACCAUUUAGAGUGUGCCGUCAGCUCAUGAUUAUGCUCAAUCCACGUAUGACGUGGAAAGGCGAUUUUCGUGAUCUCUGCGGCGAAAUGGGCUUCACGUGGGCCGAAAUCAUAUACUUUCAGUCCCUUCAGAAUCCAAUGGACGCUGUUCUGACGGGCUGUAGGAAUGUUCCCAUCGAACAACUCAUGGUUAAACUUGAAAAGAUUGGACGACCCGAUGCAAGGAGCGUUGUUGAAGAGUAUAUCACUGAAAGUUGCAAAUGUAAAAAGUGUAACGACUAAGUUAAAGCUAGGGAAUUAGACAUUACCUCGAACAUAAUCUGACCGUGUUUUUUCAUAUGAAGUAUCUAAGGAACAAGAUAAGUUUAAUUUCAUAUCAAUGCUCUAUAGUUUAGAUAACUAAUGUGUUAUGGAGAGCGCCCAUAUUUUUCUAGAGUGCGUUGCGUUACGUAAUUAUUAAAAAUAGAACGAAGAAGUUUCUAGAACAAUUAGUCAUGAUGACUAAGCGAGAA